AUGAUCGAUCGGCGCCCUAUUGGUGAAGAACCACUCGGAGUUUUGUUACCAAAACAGCAGGUCAUAAUCGGAUACAUUCAUACGAAAGUUGAUUUACGAGAGUCAGCCGAUGUGAAUUAUGUUGAAACUGUUCAUUUAUCAGCAUUUAAGACGGAUUUUUGGUCGAAACGAGCUGUGUCCGCCGUUUCAUUUGAUUAUGAUGAAGAUUCAUCCUAA